AUGCGCAAGGCAAUUGACAAGUAUGAGGGUGGUCUGGAAGUGUUUUCUCGAGGGUAUGAGAAGUUUGGUUUCACUCGCAGUGCAACAGGUAUUACUUACAGGGAAUGGGCACCUGGAGCUAAGUCAGCUGCGCUGAUUGGAGAUUUCAACAAUUGGAAUCCUAAUGCCGAUGUUAUGACCCGGAAUGAAUUCGGUGUCUGGGAGAUCUUUUUGCCAAACAAUGUGGACGGGUCUCCGCCAAUUCCCCAUGGCUCACGUGUGAAGAUUCGUAUGGAUACUCCAUCUGGCAUUAAAGACUCCAUUCCAGCUUGGAUCAAGUUCUCUGUUCAGGCUCCUGGUGAAAUUCCGUAUAAUGGGAUAUACUAUGAUCCGCCUGAAGAGGAGAAGUAUGCAUUUAAACAUCCUCGGCCAGAGAAACCAAAAUCUCUUAGAAUUUAUGAGGCUCAUGUCGGAAUGAGUAGCACGGAACCCCUUAUAAACACAUAUGCCAAUUUUCGAGAUGAAGUCCUCCCUCGCAUCAAAAGGCUUGGUUAUAAUGCAGUUCAGAUCAUGGCCAUUCAAGAGCAUUCAUAUUAUGCUAGCUUUGGGUACCAUGUCACGAAUUUUUUUGCGCCUAGCAGCCGUUGUGGGACUCCUGAUGAUCUCAAGUCCCUGAUAGAUAAAGCCCAUGAGCUAGGUCUGCUUGUUCUCAUGGACAUUGUGCACAGCCAUUCAUCAAAUAAUACUUUGGAUGGGCUGAACAUGUUUGAUGGAACUGACAGUCAUUACUUCCACUCUGGAUCUCGUGGUUAUCAUUGGAUGUGGGAUUCUCGCCUUUUUAAUUAUGGCCACUGGGAAGUACUAAGGUUUCUUCUUUCAAAUGCAAGAUGGUGGCUGGAUGAAUACAAGUUUGAUGGGUUCAGAUUUGAUGGUGUGACUUCAAUGAUGUACACUCACCAUGGAUUGCAGGUAGCAUUCACUGGAAACUACAAUGAGUAUUUUGGACUAGCAACUGAUGUUGAUGCUUGGUUUAUUUGA